GUUUAUUAACACAGAAAAGCUCCACUGGCCUGAGCAAGAACAUGCUAAGAAGUCUAUUUUAAAUGCAGAAGAUUCAUUGAUCAUCGACAGCAAAAGAAGUAUUUCACAUUUAUCCCCUGGAAUACUAAAGGACAUUUUCACAACUGGAACCAGUAGUUACAAUGUCCUGCUACAGAGCAAGGAGGAGAAAAAGCAGCACUCACAAAAACAGUCUUCUUCCACCUACUCCAAAAGAUGUAGAAAACCCAACAAAUCUCCUAGCUCUUCCCGUGGUAAAGAUUCUCGCAGGAUGAAAGCCCCAGUGCCUGUGACGAGCAGUGGUACUUGGUACUGCCUGGAGAGGCAGCCUGCUGUUUUUGUCACUAGUUCAGUGUCAAGUCCUGUGAAGUUUACACAUGAUAUCUCUGUUACAGGGAACAGCAUAGUACUGCCACCUAAACCCCAAAGCAAGAUCAAGCGGCGCCAUUUCUCCACUCUCCUAAAGCCAAAGCAGUCGCCUCAGCUGUCUAGAAGUUUUGAAAAAGGAGAUGACUUUUCUGGAAAGAAAUUUUGUAUAUUGACUGCUAUAAAGCCCACCAAUUUAGAGAAAGAAAAACUGAGGUUCUUCAAGUCUGACUAUACCUACAAUCCUCAGUUUGAAUAUGCUAAUCCUGCUCUGCCAAAUGUGUUAGCCAAGCACAGCAUCGCGUCUGACCGAUUUCUUAAGCAGUCCAUCAAUAUUUUGGAACUGACUUUACAGAAAUAUGGAAGUUAUGAAAAAUUUGAACAAGCCACUGGUGGUAGCUUGCUGUCUAAAACUCGAAUCUGGAGUCACGUGAGGAAGUACAUGCUGAAGGAAGGCUGCCUCGGGGAGAUCGUAGUUCAUUUAACUGAGGACCUGCUUUCCCGAGCUUCAAUGACAGUAGUGAAUGGAUGUCCCACUCUGACCAUCAAUGUUGCCACUGCGCGGGAGCAUUGGCUGGAGGGAAUGCUGAGGCAUGAAAUAGGCACACAUUAUUUUCGAGGUAUUAACAACCUCCAGCAGCCAUGGAACAGUUGGACUGGCCGUAAGAAACAUGAGCUAAAGCCAAACAAUCCCACAGAGGAAGGACUGGCAAGUAUUCACAGUGUCCUGUUUAGAAAAGACCCCUUUUUAUGGAGGGCUGCCCUCCUCUACUACACUGUUUAUCGAGCCAGCCAAUUGUCUUUUUGCGAACUCUUCAGAGAUAUUGGCAGGUUUGUCGAGGACCCCAAUACAAGAUGGGAUUAUUGUGUACGAGCCAAGAGGGGAUGGACUGAUACUUCCCAACCAGGGUGUUUCAGUAAAGACCAGGUAUACUUGGAUGGAAUCCUUCAAAUCCUCCGAUACAGAGAGACCAUAGACUUUCAUCUGCUGAUCGCUCUGGGGAAGGUUUCUUACGAAGAUGUGGAUCGCUUAAAAGGAUUGGCAGUUAUUGAAAACAUGAGGGUCCCUCACUUCCUGCAGGACCAUGGCCGGUAUAUGGAACACUUAGAGAAGAUCAUGGAAGUGAAUGAACUGACCGACAGGGAACUGAAAGAUCUUAUAUAGUAAUUAGCAUUUUUGUAAAAGAAGCUAAGCUAUUUCUCCUUGUAUAUUACCAGUUAGGUGCAGUUGGCACCAGCAGAUUUAUAAAAGAAGAAUGAUUGUGUACUUCAGUUUUCUGAAGAAUGGUCUUCAAUAUUCAGCUGAAUUUUUAGGUUAAGUACAAACCUUAAACUAUUUCUUUAAAAUGUUUCUAUACCCUGCAGGGGGAAGUUACUUCUUUUGUUAUUCGAAAGAGUCAGUUGAAAAUGCUACUGAUGAACGUUUUUGAAGACUCUUGGUCGAGUUGAGUGAUAAACUCCUGCCUGGGCAGUGAGCACUGACCUAGUGCUUCUGCCAGAGCUCCGAGGCCAGCUCCACCUGGAGACUGGCUGAGUUCCAAAUGGUGUUAGUCAAACUUCAAGGUUAUAUUUUAUUUGAUAAAUAAUGGUAAUUAUUCUCCUUUGAA